AUGCCUGUGCUUGUGCUGCCCGUUGCUGCCUGUUGCUGCCCGUGCCUGUGCUGCCCGUUGCCGCCCGUUGCUGCCCGUGCCUGUGCUGCCCGUUGCUGCCUGUUGCUGCCCGUGCCUGUGCUGCCCGUUGCCGCCCAUUGCUGCCCGUGCCUGUGCUGCCCGUUGCCACCCGUUGCUGCCCGUGCCUGUACUGCCUGUUGCCGCCCGUUGCUGCCUGUGCCUGUGCUGCCCGUUGCCGCCCGUUGCUGCCCGUGCCUGUGCUGCCCGUUGCCGCCUGUUGCUGCCCGGGCCUGUGCUGCCCAUGCCGCCCGUUGCUGCCCUGUGCCUGUGCUGCCCGUUGCCGCCCGUUGCUGCCCAUGCCUGUGCUGCCCGUUGCCGCCCGUCGCUGCCCAUGCCUGUGCUGCCCGUUGCCGCCCGUUGGUGCCCGUGCCUGUGCUGCCCGUCGCCGCCCGUUGGUGCCCGUGCCUGUGCUGCCCGUUGCCGCCUGUUGCCGCCUCUGCUCUGCUCCGUGCUGUUGCCCUGCAUGCGCGGCUGCCCUGCCCUGCUCCGUGCUGUUGCCCUGCACGCGCGGCUGCCCCGCCCCGUGCCUAUGCUGCCCCUGCUCUUCCCCCUCCCCCUUCUUCGUCGGGGAAUGGCCAGCCUUCUCUGGGUGGUGUUCAGUCGACCAACAGUAACUACGUCCGUGCCAAGACUACUAUUGUUGUGGCGGCUCUGCACGAGGCGAUGCUCCCACCUACUUGA